AUGAGCUACUUGGGUGUUGGUGUUAGUCCUGGGAAUGUUCCGGUGUAUCACAGCACCAAUUUAAAAGUGAUUGAUCGGAGAGUGAGGGUGGCAGAGUUGGUUUUGAGGUGUGUGAUCUGUGGUUUAGGAGUCAUUGCUGCUGCUCUUGUGGGAACUGAUACCCAGGUCAAAGAGAUCUUCACAAUCCAGAAGAAAGCUAAAUUCACUGACAUGAAAGCUCUUGUGUUUUUGGUGAUAGCCAAUGGAAUAAUUGCUGCAUACUCUCUGGUGCAAGUGCUGCGCUGUGUUGUGAGCAUGGUUAGAGGACAUGUGCUCUUCAGCAAGCCCAUAGCUUGGAUCAUUUUCUCUGGUGAUCAGGUGAUGGCAUAUGUGAGUGUGGCUGCAGUAGGAGCUGCUGCGCAAUCUGCGGUGUUUGCCAAGUUGGGGCAGUCAGAGCUGCAAUGGAUGAAGAUAUGCAAUAUGUAUGACAAGUUCUGCAACCAAGUUGGGGAGGGAAUUGCAAGCGCUUUAUUAGUUAGUCUGAGCACUGUGGUGCUCUCUUGCAUUUCUGCUUUCAAUCUCUUCCGCUUGUAUGGUGGCAACAAGAGCAAGAGGAGCAGCGCCACCAGGUGGUAG